CACUUCGCGCGCAAACCUACAUCGGGACUCCUAGGACAGCGCAAUGGCGUUUCGUGACGAUAGAACGCGUAUUAGUGCAUCAGACACGUCUGCUGACGAAGGAGCAGUGGUUAUUCCGGAAGAAGCUAGAUGCAACUGCAAGGGUACAUGCCAGAGAGUCCGUCGGGGGAAUAGAGGUUGUCAAUGUAAAGCAGCAGGGGUACGAUGUGUUCUAUUAUGCGGAUGCAGACAAGAACGUUGCAGAAAUUGUGAUCACUUGGACGGUGCACAUAUGAGGAAUGAUGAUGAAGAAACAGUCCGUGCUGUAACAGCUCCUAGAGAGUCAUUUCCCACAGAGGAAGAAAUCCAGGGAUUCGUGAGAGGGUUGACAAUAGAACAGCUGCAAAGAACGUUGACCAGUUUCUUGCGUCAUGGUAGAGGAUCGUUUGAUCUUGCCAGAAUGUAUUCUGAUAUUGAGGACCAAGGCACUGUGGGAGAUCACCCGUUUGCUGCACCCCCCAACCCAAAUCCUCCUAGGUCGUGCAAAUGUGGAAGGUGUGGGGACAUGGGUACAGGAAGAGCAAGAGAGAACGUCUGCUGCCAACAAGAUCAGUGUGUCACAACGGAAGAAUAUUUGAGAGCCACAUGUCUAGAUCAUAAUGUGCUGACACUGACCAUCCGACUACAUGCAGAUUACAUGAGUGAAAGACCCAACUACAGAGCAAAUGGAUUUCGAAAGGCAGCUUAUCGGCAAUACAUUCUUGGUCGCUAUGGAUAUCUGGGUAAAGGAACAAGACGAAUAGCUCCUUCUUGUGUUGUUUGUUGUGUCAGACAUUGGUUUCCAGCACCAGAUGGGAGGUACAUGGGCUACAAGAGUGAGUAAGCAACGUUUAACAGGGAUAUUCCUCUACCCUGGUACCCUAACUUUAGCUAAGUAGGUUCUUGGUAUACAUUGACUGUUCCUUUUAUCUCGCAUCCACGUCAUCGAUUUCAUCGAUUUCUCUGGUUGUGUGAGCAUUGACUGUUGAGUUGCUGUUACCUUCACAUAUAAUAUAAUAUAUGAUAUAUGAAACGUUGCUUUGAUUUCAACUCAAAAUGGUCAUUGUACCUGUUCUGCUGCGCUGCUGUUCUACAAGAGAACUGGUACCAGGAGGAGCAACAGGAGCAAUAGUUGACUGCGCAAAAGAGGAUUUCAAUGGCUUCUGUAGUACUGAUCCAGUA